AUGCUGCCCAACAACAGUGCGGCUCCCUUCUUGCUGACUGGCUUUCUGGGCUCAGAAGCAGUCCACCACUGGAUUGCUAUUGCCUUUUUUAUCAUCUACCUUUCCAUCCUUUUUGGCAAUGGUACACUUCUCUUCCUCAUUAAGAAUGACCUCCAUCUUCAUGAACCCAUGUACUACUUCCUGGCCAUGCUGGCAGGCACAGACCUUGGGAUGACAUUAACUACAAUGCCCACAGUCCUGGGUGUCCUAUUGCUGGACCAGAGGGAGAUUGCCCACAGUGCCUGCUUCACUCAGUCCUACUUCAUUCACUCACUGGCCAUUGUAGAAUCUGGUGUCUCGCUUGCCAUGGCUUAUGACUGUUUUGUUGCUAUCCGCACCCCACUGAGGUAUAACACCAUCCUUACCAAUUCCUCAGUGAUGAAAUUAGGACUGGGAGUACUGGCGAGGGGCUUUGUGUCCAUUGUGCCCCCAAUUCUGCCCCUCUGUUGGUUCCCUUAUUGCCAUUCCCAUGUUCUUUCCCAUGCCUUUUGCCUCCACCAAGAUGUCAUGAAACUUGCCUGUGCUGAUAUUACAUUUAAUCUAAAAUCCAAAAAAAAAAAAAAAAAA